AUGAGCACCAAUCAAGUGAAUGAUCUAAUUCAAUGGGGCCUAAAGAAUGGAGCCCAGAUUCCUGAUGGCAUUGAAUUUAUCGAAGUGGGAAAUAAAGGUGUUUGCUGCAUGACAACUGAAGAAUUAGACAAUGUUAGCAUUAAGAUCCCUUCUACGAUUAUAAUUUCACAUUCUCUAUUGUUUGAGGUAUUCGAUGAACAGUUCAUUAGUUCUCAAAACAAGAACACGUUGUUAAAGUUCCUAGUAGGACGUUUAAUGUUUGAUAGAAACAGUACGAAUGACAAUGUAAGAAAGUUAUCAAUGAAAUUUAGACCCUAUUUAGAUUUGCUUCCAAAAGAGAUGCACUCUCCAUUGAUUUGGAAUCCAAGUGAACUUCAAUUCUUAGUGAACACAAAUUUAGGAAAUUCUAUUAAGAAUAAGCUUCAAUCAAUCUACAAAGAAUGGUAUCAAAUAACCAAAUUUAAUGAAUCAUUAUUCAAUCACAAUGAGAUUAAAGAAGAGUUUAUUAUUUAUGAAAGCUUUGACGAGCUUUCAGAAUUAGAACUUUAUGAGAGGCUAUUACACAAAGCUAAUGAACUUGAAUCACCAGUCUGGUAUUCUUUUAUUGCAUUCUUAUGGUCACAUUUGAUUUUUAUUUCAAGAGCAUUUCCUGAAUACGUAGUCAAUAAGCAGGCACCUACUGACGGUGUUGUAUUGCUUCCAAUCAUCGACUUACUGAACCAUAAUUACAGCACAAAAGUGGAGUGGUUGUCAGAUAACGAUGGAUCAUUCUGUUAUAGAAAUCUAAGUGUAACUCCUGCAAACACAGAAUUGAACAAUAAUUAUGGUGGGAAAGGGAAUGAGGAGCUACUAUCUGGUUAUGGGUUUGUUAUGAAAGAUAAUCUCUUUGAUUCUGUAGCAUUAAAGAUUAAUUUACCAGAAACAAUGAUCUUACAGAUUCUCCAAGAUGCACCUGAAAUAUCUCUACCAACAAUAGACGAUUAUACAUGGUUUGCAUUUGAUGAAAAUGCUAAGGCUGAUGAAACUGAUGCGGAAAAACCUCAGUAUAAGGAUGGUCUUUUGUAUUUUAUCAAUUGCAACAAUGACAAAUGUUUAAACGAUGUUUUAGAUCUAUUUUCACAUAUGGGUAAGGACACAUCUGAAACGUGGAAGUCACCAAGAGCUAGAUUCCAUGGGCUGCAACUGUUGAGAAAUGCAUUAGAACACAAAUUGUCCCAAAUUAACCUAACAGUCCAAGCACAAGAUUCAGCUGACUUUCCAAUCAACCCAUAUAGAUUAGAAGUUUCUCAAAUUUACAGAGAUGGCCAAAUAAAGAUAUUUAAGCACUGCUUGAGUUUAUUGAAGAAAAUAGAAAGAGAACAAAUUAAAAAAUACAAGAACAUUCUAGUGACAGUAAAUAAAGUAUUCAAAAAUGAUGACAAAUUCACAGACGAACUAACAGACUUCUACGAUAAAAAAGACCCGGAAGAUAUAAAAUUUGGAUCCUCCAUGGACAUCCUAACUUUAUGGAUACUAAUCAAAGUUCUAAACAACUCAUUCCCUUCCAAAUAUGAAAAAGUACAAGAUCAGUAUACCCAAUAUAUAAAACGACACGCAACAGAUGAAUACAAACUAUCAAAUACUGCUAAUGAUUUCGAGGACUUAGUCUUAUUGGGUUCCAACAAAGUGACACCAAGGGCUACUUUCCUGGCAGUUGAAUUCGUUAAUGAUAACUCUUUCACCAGAGUCUCCUCGCAAGAGACAAUCCUAGUACUGACUAACUAG